AAAAUUUUCCAGGGUUGAAGUCUGCAAGUUGACAGGGUCCUUUUUCAUUUAGUACUAGAUGUACCCCUUGCAUUUCUGCCAUGCAGACUUAGCAGCAGUCGUCUGAUUCCAUUCAUUGUUCCUGACGAUACGAGUGAGCGAAGGCAUCUUUCCAGGCUGGAAAUACUUUCUGUUUUGGCAGUUCCAGGAUUGGAGGCAAGAUGCAUUGCAUUCUGACAGCGCUGAUAUCAUUUAAAUCAGAUCACAGCCUUGGAGAUGUGAUUCAAGAGUUAUUAGUAAAGGGAGAUUGAGCUCAAAAUGCACAUUAAGCGUCUGUCUUGAGUUAAAUGAAUGUACAUCUAUUUUGUGUAAUUUUGGUUUUGUUGGGCAGGUUGCUAUUAAAAGAAUGAAGAGAAAGUACUACUCUUGGGAGGAGUGUAUGAAUCUUAGAGAAGUAAAGUCCUUAUGGAAGAUGAACCAUCCCAACAUUGUGAAGCUGAAGGAGGUUAUCAGAGAAAAUGAUGUCUUGUACUUCGUUUUCGAGUAUAUGGAGUGCAACCUUUAUCAGCUCAUGAAAGAUAGGGGAAAACUUUUUUCAGAGAUUGAAGUCGGGAACUGGUGCUUCCAAGUAUUUCAAGCUCUUGCUUACAUGCACCAGCGUGGAUAAUUCCAUCUUGAUCUUAAGCCAGGUUACAAAUUUGCAUUUCCUUUUGGUAUUUCUUUUCUGGUUGAUAUGAAUCUGGGAUUUGCUGGUAAUUCUGUUUAAUCGCAUUGAAAUCAAUAAAUAACACU